UUUUGCUUCAUCGGAAAGAAAAUAGGAGAGACGGCGAUUCUUCUGUGUUUCUCUCUUCCCUUAUUCGCCACCUUUUCUUUUUCCUUCAAUUUUCAGUGCCCACCCUGGCCUAGAUCCUCUUGUUCCAGCUUUUCUCCAAUUUCUGUAAUUCGCAACAGUUAGGGUCUCACAUUACACAUGCGGUGUAGGUCUUCGGAAUCUUAGACGAAACCCUAUCGCCGAUUCGAUUGCGGAGGUGGAAGCUUAGUCUCCGGCGACGAUGGCCAGUAACUUGCCGAUGAGUCCUCAGCUGGAGCAGAUCCACGGCGAAAUCCGCGACAAUUUUCGAGCCCUCGCGAAUGGCUUCCAGAAGCUGGAUAAGAUCAAAGAUUCCAGUAGACAGAGUAAACAGCUGGAAGAACUUACAGGGAAAAUGAGAGAAUGUAAAAGAUUGAUCAAAGAGUUUGAUCGGGAAAUGAAGGAUGAGGAGGGCCGAAAUACUCCUGACGUGAAUAAGCAACUCAAUGAUGAGAAGCAAUCAAUGAUCAAAGAGCUGAAUUCAUAUGUACAAAUGAGAAAAACGUUUAUGAAUAGCCUUGGAAACAAGAAAGUUGAACUCUUUGAUAUGGGAGCAGGAGUUAGUGAACCAACAGCUGAUGACAAUGUUCAAAUGGCAUCAACUAUGUCAAAUCAAGAACUAAUCAAUUCCGGGAUGAAAACAAUGGACGAGACUGACCAGGUCAUUGAACGGUCUAAGAAGGUUGUUCACCAGACAAUUGAAGUGGGAACUCAAACUGCUGUUACCUUGAAGGGCCAAACUGACCAAAUGGGCCGCAUUGUCAAUGAGCUGGACACAAUUCAGUUCUCAAUCAAGAAGGCCACCCAGCUUGUUAAAGAGAUUGGUAGGCAGGUGGCAACAGAUAAAUGUAUCAUGCUUUUCCUUCUGCUUAUAGUAUGCGGUGUAAUAGCAAUUAUUAUUGUGAAGGUUGUCAACCCGAACAACAAGGACAUCAGGGACAUCCCUGGAUUGGCACCACCAGCUGCAAGGAGGCUUUUGUCACUGAGUACUCGGGAACAGUUCAAGUAGAAGCCUCCUGUUAUACAAGAAUUCAAUUUUUCCAAUCCGGCUACUACAAUUCGUAUUCUAGAGGAUGGAGAGGAGGCUCAGAGGAAUGCCUUUGUGGGCAUCGAUCGGUCUCUUCAUUUAAUUUAUAAUUUAUUCUUGCCUGAGUUGUGCAUAUUGUUUGUGAUUCUCUAUGUAAAUCACAUGCGAGUCAUUUUUUUCUUUGUUUUGAAUGCCACCACGGUUCUUUUGUAUGCUUUCCAAGAUUAUCUUAGUUAAUAGAGAGAAGAUGAUGUGCUUUA